CUCGCCCCGCUCCGCCCUUGCGCCCGGUGCCCCGCCCGGAUUGCUCCGCGGGGAGCACCAAGGUCGGCCGCGAGACGGCUGGCACCGACUGUGCGAUCGGCCUGAGCCCCGUGGGCGCGAACUCGAGCCGACCGGGCAGAUCUGGGCUCGAUGGCCGACCUCGCCCUCGCCCCGGUCACCCGGCAGGUCAGCGGCCGCGCCGCCCCAGCCGCAGUCCCGAGCGGUCCCGAGCGCGGGCAGCCCCUGGCCUCAAGAGUGGCCGAGCUGCCUGUGCUGGACGCCACCGGGAGGCAGGUGCCGUUCGGCGCGCUGUUUCGGGAGCGCCGGGCUAUUGUGGUCUUCGUGAGGCAUUUCCUGUGUUACAUCUGCAAAGAAUACGUAGAAGAUCUGGCCAAAAUCCCCAAGAGCUUCUUACAAGAAGCAAAUGUCACCCUUAUAGUGAUUGGACAGUCAUCUUACCAUCAUAUUGAGCCUUUCUGCAAACUGACUGGGUAUUCUCAUGAAAUCUAUGUUGAUCCUGAGAGAGAAAUUUAUAAAAAUUUGGGAAUGAAAAGAGGCGAAGAAAUUGCCCUUUCAGGAAAGAGCCCCCAUGUAAAAUCAAAUAUACUCUCGGGAAGCAUUCGGAGCCUGUGGAGGGCAGUGACUGGCCCUCUUUUUGAUUUUCAAGGAGACCCUGCUCAGCAAGGCGGAACCCUCGUCUUAGGUCCAGGUAACAACAUCCAUUUUAUACACCGUGAUAGAAAUAGGUUGGAUCACAAACCCAUCAACUCUGUUUUACAGCUUGUAGGAGUUAAGCAUGUGGACUUUACAAACAGACCUUCAGUUAUCCAUGUGUGAUGGUAUAGAUUCUUACCACUUUCAAAUGGACCCUUGAAAUAUGACCUGAAAUGUUUAGAGUGUGGUAUCCUUGUGCAGACUCUUACUUGUUGGCUUUUCUCAGCCUUUGAGGAGUUAAGAAAAUAUAAAGAGACCAUGUACUAUUUGAACUGCAUGCUGGGAAGUGUGAGUUGUUAAAAAUAUGAUAUGUAUAUUUAUAAUUCUAUAGCUUUUAAAGUUUUAUGUGAAAUAAAAAUGUAUUAAAACUUUAAAA